AUGUCGGCUCCCGGCCAGAAUAAUGUCGACUUCGACGCUCUCCUCGACUUCGGCGAGUACGAUAGCUUCCAGUCUCCUGCCUCAUUAUCACCAGCAGGCACAUCAAAGCCUACCUUCACAAGUCCUGUCAACCCUGUCGUCGCUGCCCCCGCCACCACAACUGCCCAGAGUUUGAGCGGUCCCAGUCACAACUAUGACAUGUACCGACAACAGACAGGCUUCGUGCCCGGAGCUAUCGCCAGCACAAUGGCAGUAAACCAGACCAACAACACUGGCUACCAAGACUUCCGCAGCAUUGACUACGCCUCUACAUUCAGUCCUGAGGCCGAUCUCUUCGACUUCAACACGUCUCCUUCUCAAGCUACUCUGGGCGCUUCGGAUAUGGAUAUGGACUUCGAGUCUCAGACCGAGUCGCAACAGUUCUUCACUGUUGACCCCAGCAGCAUCGAGCAGGAUAUGGACAACCUUCCAUCGCCGCCAGUCUUGCCUACCCAGACCAACAAUGUCGGUCGACUUUGGCCAGGAGCACACUCUCAGGCUGCUCUGGCCAAGGCUCAGGCUCAACAGCGACAGCAGCAGCAGAUCAUCCAGCAGCAACAGCAGGCUCAGCGACAAGGAUCCCAGCCCAAGUCUCGAGGCAAGGCCCCUCAGCCCAACGAUCCCAUCGUUGAGCAAAAGAUCACUCAGCUCCUCAACUCUAUGCGAGCCAAGCCUUCAAUGCCUGAGAGCCAGGCCACAAGCCCCAUGAACAACCUUCCUCGAUCCAAGAAGGAUGAAGAGGAGAUGGAUGAGGACGAGCGACUACUCGCCAGUGAAGAGGGCAAGAAGCUCAGCAGCAAGGAGCGACGACAGCUCCGAAACAAGGUUUCUGCUCGUGCCUUCCGUUCUCGUAGAAAGGAAUACAUCACUCAACUUGAGACCGAGAUUGCCAACAAGGUUAGCGAGAACGGUGACCUCCGAGCUCAGAACCGAGCUCUUAUGGACGAGAACAAGCGCCUGACAGACCUCACCCGCAUGCUCCUGUCUUCGCCUUCAUUCUCCAACUUCUUGGACAACCUCAGCAACAACCCGGCCGCCGCUCAGCAGACUCCUCAGCUCAAGGUCGAGCCUCAGCCCGAGCAGCGACAGGUGCCCAAGGACAUCAACCCCUACAACGCCCAGCAGUCUUCUCAGCAACAGAUUGGUAUGGCCAUGAUCCCUGAACAGAACAUGGACUUCUCCAUGCUCACUCUCGAUGGUUCUUUCAACUUGCAGCCUCAGGUGUUUGUUGUCGAUACUCCUGAGAUUCCUGAGGUCAUCGAUGCUGCUGUUCUCUCUGGCAAGUCAUCUAACUUCAUUGAGCCCAUCUUCGACUCUGAGGAGGAGAAGCUUGAGGUUCCUGCUAUCGAACGUCCCGUCGAGAAGCCCGAGGCCUCUGAGCCUGUCGAUGCCGCUCCUGUUGAUGUCGAGUUUGAGUCUGACCCCGAAUUUGCCCUGUUCCACACUGAAGCCGCUACCACCACCACUGAGUCACCCAAGGAGUUCGAUUCUGAAGGUCUGUCCCAUGUUGACAUCUUUGGUGGUGUCGAGUCUGAGAAGGUCCUUGCGCGCUUGGAACUUAUCGACGCCGGUGAACAAGAAUGCACAGCUGCCCUAGCUAUGUCUCGUGUGCAACGUCUCAGUGCUAGCUGUGACGCCGUGACAUCAAGGUUAGAGCUUCUUACUCUUGAUCUCCAGAAACUCUUUAUAGAAACUUGGCAGUACUACUUAUCCUUGGUAUCUAUGGCUGAUGAUAUUUCCCCACAAGGGUUGUCAACUUUAGAACGGUACAAGUAUAAACCGUUUGAGAACAACUAUUCCAUUCGCAUUUUGACGCUGGAGCCUGGCACUGGAGAUGACCCAUUAGUCGGUCAUCUUGGCUUCGAACACCUCGAUUUAAACCCGCAGUAUGAAGCUAUUUCUUACUGCUGGGGCACAGACGGUCGCUCUUCUGAGAUCAUCUGUGAUGGAAAAUCUCUCGCACUGACGAAGAGUAUUGAGGGGGCGCUUCGGCGUAUGAGGCAUGCUACGUCUCAGCGGCGUCUCUGGGCUGAUCAGGUCUGCAUUAACCAAGAUAAUAUCACGGAGCGCAGUCAGCAGGUGAGUCUGAUGAAUGCUAUAUACAAGGGAGCGCAACGUGUCUUGGUCUGGCUGGGUCCUGACAGUGACGGCGUCGCGCACGCGGCUAUGACUAUGAUACACUAUCUUGAUGGAGUCUUUAAUAAUGAAGAAAUGCAUAAUGAGUUUCGGAGAGCGCAUUCAGAAGAGCUUUUGAAACAGGACGCGAAGCCUUGGUUGCCCUUCUCGAAUAUGACAAGACUACCGUGGUUCAGUCGAAUAUGGAUUGUUCAGGAGAUUGGCACAGAUGCGCCGGCUACACUUUACUGGGGAGAAGCUGAGAUUGACUGGGAGAUUCUCUCUGUCUUCACACCAAAUAUCCGAUAUUUGUAUAAAAGAUUCGUCGAGCCCGAUGAAGAGUACGACGUCAACCAUAAUCGCGCAGCAUUCAUCUACGAGUUACAUCGUGCACGACACUUACUCUCCAAAGACCCUCGAGAUCACGUAUACGCCUUUCUGGGUCAUUUCUCUCUUGGCACAGGGAGUCAAAGUCUUACUGAGAUAGUGGCCGAUUAUAGCAGAUCCAUCGAGGAUGUCUUUUAUGAUGUAGCAGUUCGGGAACUGUCAGGCUGCGAAUCCCUUCUCGUCUUGUCUGCUUGUCAUGCUAUACCUGCGACGUAUAAGCGCAGGAUCAUGGACAGGGGCGAUCUACCAACAUGGACUCCAGACUGGCGCAUCGUGCCUCUUCAUCUCAUGGGAACGCCUGUUACGCCUCACAGAGCAUCAGGGGGCCUGUUACCAAGGCUUCGAAUCGAUAACGAAAGACGUGCUCUACAUAUCCGCGGUGUUCGGUUAGAUUAUCUCUGUCGACCUUCAUGGAUCUUCUGGCAUAAUGCUUUCCAGUUCCGUCGCAAUCGCAAUGCUUCUACUCGCCUUCCCAUCGAGGCUGUGUGGCGCGAUAUAUGUGGUGGCAACGCACCGUUUAAUCUACGAAAACGUUACCGCAAUGGCGAUUCGGCCUUUUUCGCUCUGGUACAGAGUUUAACAAACGGUUGUAUCGGGGCAGAUCGAUCGCGGCCAUAUGAGAGUAUUCCAAAGGAAGAAUGGCUUGCCAACGGUGCAGCGUAUCUUGUCCGCGCUUUGCCCAGACCUGGCGCCGUUAGUCCUGAGAUCAAAGAACUUGCUGAAACAGGGGAUGGGUUUAAAUGGGGCCAUGAGGCGACUCUUAUAACGAGGUAUCGUGGCUUUGCGAUCACCAGAAGAGGUUGGUUUGUGGUCGGUCCUGAUAUCAUGGAGGCUGGGGAUGUAGUUGUUGUGUUGUAUGGUGGUAGAACACCCUUCUUGAUUAGGAGGAGAGAGGGAGGAACGUGGAUGCUUGUUGGGGAGUGUUAUGUUCAUGGGAUGAUGAAUGGAGAGGUUUUUGAGCUUGAAGGGGUGGAAGAUGAAGAGUUUGUUAUACUAUAA